AUGCUACGUGUGGCUAAAAUACGGAAAAGGGGCAAAUCGCCGGACGAAUUGCGUCAUUUGCGAACCGCCAAAGAUUCAGCUGAUAGAAAAUUCGUCAAAAGUGAUAAGCGAAGUAUAGCAUCGAAAAAAAAGCUAAACCCACUACUUACGCUUCAUCAGGGUGGUCUCUACAAGGCGGGAGGCGCGGCCUCGAGGCCUAAAGGGCGGAAACUAUCCCACAAAGAUCAGGCGAAUAAUGGAUCCUUCCGAGUGGCGGACGCCAAGUCAAUCGACUCGGCGUCUAAAUCCUCAAGCUCACGCUCACGAUCACGGCGAAUUUCGAUAGCCUCGGAUAAGAUUCAACCCCGCCGAUCCCCCUCGAUCGUUAAGCGGAAGACCUCCAGGUCGUCCUCGCGGAGGCGGCUGGACGCCUACCCCAAUCCCCACCCGGUAUUUCACCGCAGAACCCUAAGUAAAGACAAACGACACGACACCUCGCCGUCCUCGAUCCCACUCGCGACGGAUCUGAGCCCAAGCUCCAGCCGGACGUUGGAGGUGAACGAGGGGCCGGGUGAGCCCGCCCAACUCCCUGACGGCGCGCCGAGCACGGAUGUUUCGGCUCCCCCCUCCUUCCUGCUUCCGCUGCCCUCGAAUAUCGAAAAAAUUGGUGCGAUGUUUAGUCAAUACCGCCUGCCCACACGCACCGUGCACGAUCUUCAGUUCGAGCUCGCGCGGAUUCAAGAAUCGUGCUCGAAUGGUCUUGACAACGACAGCGAGCUUCGCCGAAUGGCUCGCGAGGCCGGGGUUGAGCUCUCCGGGCCGUGGCUUACUGUCGUCAAAGACGACGGCGCGUCAUCCGGUGUGGGGGGGGUUUCAUUAGGGGAUCUGAGCGCAAGUGAUUUGAUUUCUAUUUUUUGUUAUUGUGAUACCCCUUCCUUGGUGGCGCUACGCCGCACCUGCAAACGAUUUCGUAUCCUCAGUGGGUGUCGUGAAGUGUGGCUCGCCCGUCCGGAUGCUACCGAGGCUCACCCCAAAUUGAACCCCCCGAAGGAUCUGAAAAAAAAACCCGUGAAUCAUUGGACACAAAUGCAGGAGGAUGAUGAAAACGAAAUGGUGAUCUGGCGGUCGAUGUACAAAAAUCUUGAGCAGCGCAUGGAGGAACGCGUCGUGGCGGAGCACGCGCGUAAGCUACCUCUGAGUGCGGAAAACCUCUAUUGGAAGCGCGAUCCGGAACCCCCCAUUCCCCACCGCAGCGAGGCAUCGAAGAGGAAGUUUUUCGACCUCCCCUCGACUUCAAAGUCAAAUUCUUUCGAACUCAAAAAGGGAGGGGGUGAUGGGGAAUCGACGACGCACGAUUCGGAUGCGCUUCAAGAGCUAUGGGGGCAGCUCAAAGAGAUCGAAACGCUACGCGAUCAGCUACUGAAAGAAAUUCAGCAAAACAACGAGCGGUUUCACGCGCAGCAGGAGGAGCUUCGGCAGUUUCACGAUUACCUCGCCGCGGGCGGGGAGGGCGCUCGAGUUUGCUCUGAUCCCUUUAUCACGUUUGAGGAUCUCGAGCGCUUUGAGCGGCGGAUGGUCUCGUUGAUUCUAAACGGCCGUGGUGGGGGGCCCGAGGCGGACUCGAUCCCGCUCGUCCUCCGACGCGGAAUCGACAGCUUCGGUGGGUUGGAAUUGCUGCUUUCGAAUCCGACGUUUUGGGAAUCAGAGAACGGGGAGGCCGAGGCGGUGAACGCGAGCCCGCGGUGGUGCGCGUGGCGGGCGAUUCAGAAGCGCUGGGCGGCCUUCAAGGCGUUCUUUCCGCUCAACGAUAAUGGCUACUACACCGCUCGGCGAUGCCUGAUGCAGUGCGCGAUGGAAGGGCUGAACGAGGAGGCCGCGAGGGGGCUGAAUAAGCGCCACGAGAAGGUGUUGCUGCGAUUAACCGGCGUCCUCCGACGUGUGGAGAGCAUGAAGGAAAGUGAGGUUUUGGAUGUUAUCAUGUAA